AAUUGUAUCUCUCUCUUGCACCUUCCCCUCCAAUUUCAAUUUGCGCCAUGGCAACAAGAUUGCAAUUCGAGAACAAUUCCGAAAUUGGGGUUUUCUCCAAGCUCACGAAUGCCUACUGUUUGGUUGCAAUUGGGGGUUCUGAAAAUUUCUACAGCACAUUUGAGUCGGAGUUGGCCGAUGUAAUUCCGGUGGUUAAAGCCUCCAUCGGCGGCACUAGAAUCAUCGGCCGCCUCUGUGCCGGAAAUAAAAAGGGGUUGCUUUUGCCGCACAAUACAACCGAUCAAGAGCUUCAACACUUGAGGAAUAGUGUACCGGAUUCAGUCGUUGUUCAGCGUAUUGAUGAGAGGUUGUCUGCUCUAGGGAACUGCAUUGCAUGCAACGAUCAUGUUGCUCUUACACAUCCUGAUCUCGACAAAGAAACUGAGGAAAUGAUUGCUGAUGUUCUUGGAGUGGAAGUUUUCCGACAGACUGUUGCCGGUAAUAUGCUCGUCGGAAGUUUUUGUGCACUCACCAAUAGAGGUGGAUUGGUUCAUCCACAUACAUCGAUAGAGGAUCUAGACGAACUAUCGACACUACUUCAAGUACCUUUGGUGGCCGGCACCGUGAAUAGAGGUAGUGAAGUCAUAGGAGCUGGUUUGAUCGUCAAUGAUUGGACGGCCUUUUGUGGGUCCGACACAACUGCUACCGAGUUAUCUGUUCUCGAGAGUGUUUUCAAGUUGAGAGAAGCUCAGCCCACUGCUAUUGUCGAUGAGAUGAGGAAAUCAUUGAUCGACACCUAUGUUUGAGCUUUUCCAAAACUCUCGGAUUUUCCUUGGAAAGCUUUGUGAUUUGGUUUUAACGCAGUUUCGGUUUUAUGGGCAUUGUUUGUUUCAUUCUAUAUAUAUAAGCCCUGGAAUUACAGACACCUUAUUAUCUCAAUUUUGUGUUAUUAGUUCCCUAAUUCAAAAAAAAUAUAUAUAAUGUUGUUUUGGGAAAACUUUGGUGAACUGCUAUAGUGUGGUUUACGUUUCUCGUAUGGUUUGUAAAUAAAAUUUGAGGUGCACCAUUGUGUUUCAAGAAA